GAUGAGCCAAUUCCACACAAUCACCAUUGUUGCGUUACUGUGGAAACUGUAUGACGACAAGAGGCUAUUUUGCAGACAUUAGGCUCAUUGUAUCAGGGAGUGGUGCUGUUCCCGUCUUGACACGGAUUCCAAAGUAAGGAACUGCUGGCUGGAAAAAAAAACCCCGCGUAAAAUGUUGGAGUUAGUUUUAGCUCUUGGGUUUGUUAGUUCCCUCCCUUUGCUACCCGUGCGAGGGAAGAUGUGUAGCGCUAUGAUCAAGGCUGCACCCGGUGAUGAUCUGACCACGCUUCGUGACAAGGCUUUGGCGGCUUUCAGAACCGAAUGCCGAGGUAAACAACGCAAUCUCGACGACAUCAAAUCUUGCUCAUUCACAACGGACCCGUCCACGCCUCCAAUUGCCACGUUCAUCUUGCAGCCGAUGAGGGCGCCUUUCCGGUUGGACUUGGACGUAAAAACCCCACGCAGUGCCAAUGUAGUCUUGGCGGAGGAAAAGACAGAAGUAUCCGUCUUUGCCUGGAUAACCUUAGGUGGCUGGAGCGGAAAAAGGUCGGUCAUCCGAGCCUGUUUCGGUUGUCAAGAGUUGUUGGAUGGGCGUUCAGUGGACAACGAGGAAGGUAUCGUCAGUGGCACUGAAAGUCGCCCCUUCUGGAUCGAGUACAAACACGGCGUGGUGACCGUCGGCAAAGGAAGACAGGAGGAGGCUUUCUUGGAGUGGGACGCCGCUGCGUAUCAUCAUCGCAACAUAUCAACACCGGUAUACGUUGGUAUAAGUUCGUGGAAAGGGGAAUCUGUGGACUGGGUGUUCCACCAUUUCUGUGCCUAAGAAAACAAAAGCAACGUGUGCAUGAGAAUGCUUUAAUAAUGAGGUUCAAAAAGUAUGACAUUUUACAAAAUAUAUUUCAAUAUAGAUUGUAGAAAAUGUUAUUUUAAGUUAAGCACCCACAAAUUCAAUCUGUUUGUAGGCCUAUGGCGCCCUCAUUCGUUCAUCACAUGGCCUCAUAGACCUUUCUUUUGUUUGUAAACAUUGACACCAUUUUAUAUGGGCUGCCGGAAGCGCAUGAAUUGAAGCCAGGGUUGACCAUUACUUUUUGCUAGAAAACGUCCUCAUAAGGCCUUCAAUAGUCAAAAGGCAUGUGUAGAAAUGAUGUAUGUUUGUUGUAUUUCAAAUUCUCAAAUAAUAUUUGGGUUGUCUGUAAUAACUCUUCUUCAUUUUUGCAGUGUUGGCCUUCCAUUGUUUUGCAACCCAUGCAGCUUGCCAACCAAGCGUAGAAAGGUAUAUAGACGACUGAAAACGUCACAGAUUUUUUUUUCUCACACGUGUGCUUAUGGGAGCCAAGUGUGAAAGUACAUAAAUUGGACGUGGGGUAUAUCGUUGUGCAAUAAGAGCUCGAUUGUUUUCCAUUCAUGCCUAAAGUAUCAACAAGUCUUUGCAAACGUUGCACUUUUGUCACUUUGGUAGUUAUAAAGCAUGUUCUAUGAACUAUCGUCGAGUAAGUGUAAAUUAUCAUUCUGCCCGUUCAGUUGAAAAAAGCAUUUCUAUUGAGCGCAGUAAGUCGGAGUCCUUUCAAUACAAGGAGCAGACAUAAUAUUUGCAGAACUGUCCCUCAAAAAUAACAUCCGUCAUUAAAAUCGCUGGGAGUAAAACAAUAUAAAGAGAAAUGUAGGAUGAAAAUGUAGGAUGGCCUUUUUUUAUCCAACUGGUCGUUAAAAAUGCUUUGAAAAAUAUAAAUGACAUCUGCUUAUUUACAGUAUAACGCUAUUCAGGGAGCAAAAAACUGGAUUACUAAAGGGGAGCUGAACGUGUAUUUUGUUCUUUUGCUUGACUAUAUUGCAAUCAUAUUUAAAUCAAAAAUGACCUAUGGUGGUGAGCGAUAAGAACCAAACAAAUUAUUGAUAUUUAUCACUUAG